AUGGCAGAUUUCGACGACGAAGUCACCGUCGUCGAUGUUUAUGAUUUAGCUUCGGACAUUGGCAAGGAAUGUGAGAUAAUUAUCGAAAAAUACGGCCCUGACGCCGUUACAGCUCUCCUGCCGAAGGUGAUUAAUGCGCUAGAGUUGCUCGAAAACCUAGCAGUGAGGAAUGAGAAAGAAAACCAGGCGUUGCAAGAGCUGACCGCAAAGAUUUCUCAGCUAGAGAACGACAAGAUUGAAAAGGCUGAAUACAGGCAACGCUUCGAGAAGGAAAUAGAAGCAAUUGAGGAGCAAUGGCGGACAGAGUCAGCAGAACUGGUGACUGCAGUGGCGCGACUUCAGGACGAAAACAAACGCCUGCGGCGGACAAUAAACGCACCGGCAGAUGGAACCAGUGCCCCACCAUCGCCAGCCCGUGAACACGAUCAAGAAGUCUUAUCCAGACUAAGCAGCACUGCUGAGAAACAACGCGCCACAUUACGUAACCAAGAGUCACAGCUGCAAGAGAAGCAGCAGCUUAUUGAUAGCUUGACAAAUCAAGUGGACAAGUUGAGACAAGUCAGUCGUGAUCUUCGGAGGAAACAUAAGUCGUUACAAAAUCAGCAUCUGCCUGAUGGCACGGAUCGGAUUAUAUCGGGGUAUCUGUUAGAAAAUUUAUUGCCCGAACAAAAACCUGAGAUGCGCUUAGUAUGCGAGGAGCGUUCAGAACUGACAGCCAUAGUAGAAUCACAACAGAGGGACAUCACCGCGCUACAGCAAGACAGUGCACAGAAUAAGAAGUGCCCAUCAUGCGGCGCGGCGUCUCCAGAUGGUAUCGAAGACGAUGACCAGUCCUCAAAGCCUACAUUCAGUGUGCGUGAACUUCGAGCCAUACUCCACGAGCGGAACGAGUUGAAGCUGAAACUGAGCCGAGCUGAGGAACAGCUCAACGCGCUGCAGGUAGACCAACAACACGACAGUGGUUCAGACACAUCGCCGUCAGCCAGCACGGCAGCAGUAGACGACGAAGCGCCCGUCCAGGGUCCCUUGCCAGCUGAACCUGACGACGCGCCCUGGAAGAGGAGCAGUGGCAUAAGGAAGUUUUUUCGCAAGCUCUUUGUUGAGUCUGAUAUCGCCGUGGGUGGGUUCCAGCGCCGUUCGCUGUCCUCGCUCGCUCGCCGCACGCCCCCUCCUCCUGCCGCCGCGGCCCCCACCCCUUCCGCACAAGAACUACAGGAUCUAAACCUCGGAACUCAAGAGUUCGACAGCUGGCUGGGUGAAAAGUUUGAUGAGAACGAUGAGUUUAAAAAUGAAGCUUACGACGAUAGUUUUACGUGUGAUAUUCCCUUGCAGCGUUCCAUCUCUCUAGACCGAGGUAUUGAUAUAUUCAGCCACUUUCAAAGAAUCGGUUCGGAAUGGUCUGGAAGCUUUCAUUCUGUGUGGACGGUCGGGACUGAAGAAUCAGAAGAAGGAUAUGGUACGAUGACUGAAAGGUACAGGAGUUUUGAUGAUGUCCCAGCUUCUCUGGUCACGAGAAGCAGGCGAGCAUCUACUGGUGGCCGUGACGCUACAUCAGAGCGUAAUAUAGCCUUGACAGUAUUGAAGGACAGUUGUAAGGGCAUAGACACAAGCAAAGGUACUAUGUCCCCACAGAUAAGAAUAUUAAGUAGAUGUAAUACGGUUUCAGAGACUUUUGAAAGUAUUAAUGAUAGCACAAAUAAUAAAGAAAUCUUUGAAAGGGAACGACAUGUGGUUAAAAGUCGAAAGAAACUCAAAGUGGUGAUACCAAAGUUACAGGGAAUUACUAAAAGUUGUCCCGUAUCACCAAACAUACAAAGACUUAGGAAUUUCAGUUUCCGAAGUUCAGCAGAGGACUUCGUCAGUUCUUAUAUUUCUGACAAUGAUGUCGAUGAGAACUUGGAGUUGAGUGAGCCGUUCUGUAAAAGUAUUUCGGUAGACCAGGACUACGGAGAUAUUAAAAAGCAAAGAAGGUCUGGUUUACUAGCGAUUAAGAGGGAAUACAGUUUAAGGAAAGGAGUUCUGGUCAAACAAGAAUUCCAAAACUGUGCAAAACUUGGAAGACGUAGGGGGUCAUUAGAGUACGUCAGGGCGACCUCCGCUGGUCUUAAAGAUAAGAAUUCAGGAAAGUUACAAAAAGAUGUAACGAUUUCCUCCGACGGCGAUUUGAGAAUUGGACCGAAAAUUAUCAUCUGUCGUGCUGGUUCGACCAUAAAUGGCAGUUUUGCCGAAUCUAAGAAGCAUUUGACUUCCAAUUUAGUAGAUAUUAGUAGAAAUUGUGACUGUCGCAUAUGUACUGAGGGUGACAAAGAAUCUUACGUUCAGAAGGCUAUGAAUAAAUUCUUUGUUAAGGUCGUUUCUUAUAGGGAUUAUACAAGAAAAUUAUACUGGGAAACAAAUAAUUGGAAUGAAAACGAAAUGUACAAUUGUUUUAUGCAUAUUUUGAAAUUGUUACUUGGUCUAUGGUUGAGACAUCAUGACCAUAAUUAA